AUGCCGCUCCUUAAACGCAAGCCCGUGCUUAUGCACCCCCUCCCCUCCCUCACGGCCAUUGUCCAGCCAGUCCACGCUCCCCUACCAAAUGCCCAGGCCUCCACCUCGGGUGCGGAUGCCUCGCCAUCGGCGGCCGCGACUGCCGCUCCUCCUCCCCCUCCUGCCGACCUCCCCAAGGACGGCAAGGACGACGACGAGCAGCUGGAAAAGCUUCUCACCGCCCUCAAUGACCCCGUGAUUGCUGCCCCCCUCCCCAAACGCAGCCAAAAGGACAAGGCUGCCGACAAGGCCAACGGUGCCGUCAACGGCUCGGCCAACGGGACCGUCUCGUCCAUGCCACCACCCGCUGGACCCGUUCCCAGCUAUCGUGUCAAGAAUGUCGAGGUGUUCUAUAUCCCUGAGACUGGCGAGAUGUUUCUCGACUACGAGUCAUUUGCGUUGAGGAGAGCCUUUUACGAGCAGCCGUUGUUCCAGUGCGAAGUGAGCGGGAAAUCGUCGCUCAGCUACUUCAAGGCGCUCCAGAACGAGUCUAGGGAAGUUCGGCAGCUCCACUCGCGUUUCCCAAGGCAGCUCAAGAAGGCCGUCCUCCAAUCUGUCCAGUUCCAGAUUGAGGGAAAGCUGGAAACUCUUGCCGACCGUAUCUUUGAACGCUUUGUCAACCGCUUCUUUGACGAUGAGAAGGUGUUUGUCGAUGUGCAGGGCGACAAGUACCUGGCCCGCAUUGUUCACACCUUUCCUCCCAAGAACCUUGUUUCUCCAACAGACGGCCCAUCUUUCCACCCGUACGCUACCGACCUCACCAUGAGCAACGACGAAGUCAACGAGCGCGAUGACCCCAUGAAGUACUUUUACCAGGUCCGUCUCAUCGAGGAAGGUGGGGAAGGCAUAACCACCGAGUAUGCCAGCACCAAUGGCGCCAGCAACGACCCCGAGGACGAUGACAAGGGCGAAAAGUGGCAGGGGAGCGUCAUGGAGGCUCAGGCCGACAAGAUCAGUCGUGACCGCAUCAACUUUUCCCGCGCCCUCCUCAAGCGUUUCAUCCGUGACUGCGUCGCCCGUGACGCUGCCAUCUACUCGCCAUGGCUCGUUAAAAAGAGUGUUGCUGCGCGGUACGGCCUGCCGACUGAGAUGUCGGACGAGGUCCGCGCUGCCAUCGACCAGCACCGCCGGAGCCAGAUGGAGAAACGCAAGCGCGACCGCGACGAGCGUCUCGGUAUCGUUCACAAUGAGGACGAGGAAACGGGAGCGGACGACGAGGCUCCUGCGCCCAAAAAGAAGAAGAUGACCAAGGCCGAACGCGACGCCCUGCGCGAGGCUGAAAAGGAGGAGAAGGAACGCAUCAAGCGGGAGGCCAAGGAGGCCGAGGAGGAAGAGAAGAAGAAGAAGAAGCCCACCAAGUACCCAUGCGAGGAUUUGAUGGUGGAGUUCAACCCGGAGCGUGAUGGGCCAGCCGGACGUAUCGAGGUGCGACCAACACCCGACGCUGAUGUUCCCUUUGGCGACCAAUUUGAGGCAUUCCUCAUGUCGUGGAGCUUCCUCAACGUCAUGGGAAAGCCUCUCGGCCUGUCGCCAUUCACCGUUGACGACUAUGAGCAAGCACUGUACCACUCGGACCCAUACACCUCUCCAGUGCCCCUCCUCACGGAAAUCCACGCUGUGCUCCUCAACGCACUUGUCACGGAUCUUGCCGAUGGCCACGACGAGGUCAAGCCCCUGUCUCACACUGGCCAGCAGAUUGAGAACGACACCGACUACUGGGAGGGCACCAAGGGGUCCACCGCCGAGACUCUGCGCCCGGUCGCUGAACCCAUGGCCAAGACCUGGCGAGAGCGCGAGCUGUCCACCCGCGACAACCGCAAGGGCUGGGAGGCUGCCCUCGUCGGCUGCCUGUGGGACCGCGCAACCCUGGACACUCUUCCGCACUACCUUGACAACAUCCUGCAUCUGACCUUUGAGAACAAGCCAGCACCCACGCGCCCCACUUGGUCCACUGGUCCACGAUCAGACUCUGGCGGCUCGGGGCUCAUUGUUGCCAAGCCCGACAAGCGCUAUACAUCCCUCCACCACACGCACAAGUUGCGCAUUAUCGACUUUUUGAUCGAGCUCGUUGCCCAGACGGCUGUCAUCCGCGACUUUAUGGAGGACGCGACCCAGCAGCUGACCGAGGUUCGCAAGGACCAGAUCGAGGCGCGUCGCGAGUGGCGCCGGGUCCGUGCCGAGCGGGAUGCUCUCGAGCCCAAGGAGGAGAAGAAGGAGGACAAGGAGGAUGGCGAUGGUGAUGUCCCCAUGUCUGAUCCUAUCAAGGGCGAGAAUGAGUCACGUCCGGCAUCACCUAACGGUCACGCCAACGGAACCGCGGCCAACACCGAAGCGGACGAGCUCGACGAGUCCAUGAUGGACGACCACGAUCAUGGCUCUCCCGUGUCGUCACCAUUGUCCGAAUCUGCGCCCGCUCAGACUGGUGCACAGCGCCGCCGUGCCAUGAAGGAGAAGGCCGCUGAGCGCGAGGCCGAGGAGGCGAUGAAGGCCGCCAAGGCCGCCAAGCAGCGCGAGGAGGACAAGAUCAAGCGCGCCGAGAGCAAGCACAUUCUCCAGGAGAAGAAGCGUCUCGACGAGGAGGAAGCGGUCCUUGACACCAAACUCCGUCAGCUCGACCGCGACUUUAGGCGAUUCUACUACACCCUCCGUGCGCGUCCACUCGGCUCCGACCGCUACGGCAACAAGGUCUGGUGGAUGGAUGGCCUUGGUUCAUCCCCUUUGCCCACCGACAACGCCAAGGGCAUGUGGGGUUCGGCCAGGCUGUACCUCCAAGGCGCCGACGAGUUGGAGGUCGAAUUCGCCCGCCAGCCCGCCGAGCUCACCACCGAGGAACUCGAGGAGCGCCGUAACAAGGACGAAGGUCUGCGUCUCCAGCCAGGCCAGUGGGCCGUCUACGACACGCCCGAGCAGCUCGAGGCAUUCCUCAGCUGGCUCAACCCCCGCGGUGUGCGUGAACUCCACCUCCAGCGUGCCCUCAAGCAGUGGUGGCCCGAGAUCGAGGGCUCGUUCCACAAGCGCCGUCUCGCGCUUGGAAUUGAGAAGGACGCAGAGGAGGAGACGUCCAACCGCCGUGUUCGACCUGUGCGCCGCGCGGCUGGCGGCGACGAGCCGGCUGGGUACCUCAGCUGGAAGAACCGCCGUGCCAGCGGUAAGGGCGAGUAG